AUUUAAUUUCCAUUUUUAGUGAAAUCUCCAACACCUGGAGCAGGAACGACAUCUCCCUUCUUCAGGCCAUCAAAAAUUCCGCCCUCUGUGCCACCGAAGCCGACUCCAGCAGUUAAUACGAACGUUCCGUUUACUCCGAAGACGCCAAAAACGCCUCCACCUUCCGAAGGACCAGCACUGGGACAGUGCUCAGACUGCGGUAGAAGUGUCACCGGACACUGUGUCAAUUUGAAUGACAGAAUCUUACACGAAGAGUGCUUCAAAUGUAGUACAUGUGGCUGUUGUUUGAAAAAUGUUGGAUUUCACUGCAUCAAUAAUAAAUUAUACUGUGACAUGCAUGCUAAGCUAGCAGCAAGAGUGAUCGCAUCCAAUGCCCCGGGUGCUGCUCCAGCAUUCGCCCCUGCUGCACCAGCACCUGCGCCAAAACCCGUGCAAGCCCCGGUGGCCCCUCCAAAGCCUGUCCAGGCUCCAGCAGCUCCAUCGAUGCCGACUCAAGCACCAAAACCCUUGACACCGCAACCAGCCGUUGUUCCUCAUCUGCCUUCCAGCAUUCCUCACUCGAUUCCAACGCCGUUCGGACAAAGUCUGGGAAAUUUACCGCAUUCACCGAGUUCUUCAGGUGGCCUGGCCUUCAGAAGUAUUUCACCGCAACCUUUUAAGAGAAUUUCGGGAGAUUUUCACAAGGUCACCGCCCCAACAAGUCCAACACCAGGAUCUUCUCCGGCUCCACCACCUCAAUAUACAUCUGGACCCCUGCCGUUUGAAAUGAAACCCUACAUGCCACCUGACCACGCAAGAUCGCCUUUAUUCGGUGGCUCAUCCGAAGUUUCUCACACUGAAAUUUCCCACACGACUCAAAUAUCUCAAGUAACUCAGAAAACGACGCAGAUCACGCAGCAGGUUUCUCAGUCGAGUCAGUCUCAAUAUUCCGUUGACUACAAGCAAGUCAUCGGAGGACAGCAAAAAACUAAAUUUGUAUGGCCUCCUCCCAAACCUCAGUUCGAAGUAGAUGGAGGCGUCACUACUCCAUCAUCCACUGGUCAAAAUUAUUCCCCACUAGUCACUCAAUCCACCCCUACAGCCUCCACCCAACUCCCGAAAAGCGAAUCCUUACCUUCUUUCAGAUCAGUGCAGCCACCCCAGCAACAAUCCCAGCCGGAAAAACCGAGUGAGCCAGAGACAGUGAAGGCCCCGACACCCCCAAGUAUGUUCACUACACCAGCUGCUCCUCAUGAAGAGCCUCCUAAGCCAGAAGUAGCACCUGCUCCAGAACCAGUGAAGGAGGCUCCGGCUCCUGCUCCAGCGCCGUCAGGUCCUCAGGCCCAGAGCUUCGCUCCCGUUCUGCCACCCAUCGUAGAUCUAAAACCGACCCCCACACCAGCUCAGCCCGGAGUACCGACUGGAGCAGGAUCGAAACCUGCUCCUAAGAAGGGACGUGGCCAGCUGAUGAAGGAGCAAGCGCCGGGAAGGAUACCUAUCUGCGCAGAUUGUGGAGAUCCAAUCAGAGGUCCCUUUAUCAUUGCUCUCAACCGUACGUGGUGUCCAGAUCACUUCCAUUGCAACAACCUGCACUGCAAGACGCAUCUAAUCGACAUCGGCUUCGUAGAGGAGCAAGGUCAGCUGUAUUGCGAGCGCUGCUACGAAGCCUUCUUGGCUCCCAUCUGUAAUAAGUGCAAUGUUCGAAUCAAAGGGGAUUGCUUGAAUGCUUUGGACAAACAAUGGCAUCCAGAGUGCUUCAUAUGCGCCUAUUGCAAGAAACCUUUUGGCAACAAUUCUUUCUACCUUGAAGACGGGCUUCCCUACUGCGAGAAAGAUUGGAACGAGUUGUUCACGACCAAAUGUGUAGCCUGUGGUUUCCCGAUCGAGGCAGGAGACCGAUGGGUAGAGGCCCUAAACAACAACUACCAUUCUCAAUGCUUCAAAUGCAGUACCUGUGGCAAGAAUCUGGAAGGACAGAGUUUCUACGCCAAGGGUGGCAAACCAUUUUGUAAACAACACGCGCGAUAAGCUGUCAUAGAAAAAGAUAAAGAUGGAUUUGAAACUAUGUCUUCAUAAUAAUUUACAAUAUAUGUUCAAAGAUGAAGAAAACAGUUCGAUCCAUGUAAACAAAUGUAUGUCUUGUUUUGGCAUUUCUGAAAUCUAAACUGGAAAAGAGUGACAAUAUAAUAAUUGAUUUUAAAAUCUCACUUUCUUCUUUGUGUUUUCCAUUUCGAAAGAUAAAUCUAUGUCACAAAUUUUCAAAUAGUAAUUUUUUAAAAUGGUGUUUUGAAGUCUGGGAAACUUUAAUAGUUAUAAUGUGAUACUGCUGUAUUUUUUAACACACAGGAAGAAUUCAAUCCGUCAGCUUGGAAAAAUGAUCUGCUCGGAAUUAUCAGAGGACCAGUUUAUUCAGUGACUUUAGUAUUAAUAGGUGAGAUAAGUGAUUGAUGAUUUCGAUAGAACUGUGUUUAGUUAAUAAACAAAAAAUAUUAUUGAUUUCACCUAUGAUCUAGUUGAAUGGAAUAAUUUUAAAAAUUGGAAUGGUUGCAUACUUGCAAAGCCUGUCACUUUUCAGUUAUUUUUAUGUCAUGCAAUGCAUCUUUCACAGAGUUUUGAAGCUGUUUUGUACGCUCUUCAAAGAAGCUGUUUGGUUAUGUGCGUAUUCAGUUUUCCUGUUUUACAUAAUACUGGAGAACAUCUUGAGUCUGUAUCUGGAUAAAACAGGGAUAUGGCAGAAAAUCACUCCCAUAUACACGAACAGGUAUUGUUCUCCAUACUGCCAGAAAAAACCUGGCCCAACAUUUCAGAGACUGAGAUCCCUUUGCACUGUAAAAUCGUAACGGUAAUUCUAUAUUCCAUGUACUAAGCCAUUUCUCGCUUGCUUUCACAGACGGCAAAUCCGGUGGUCACGAUCCAGCUUCCUGUGCGUUAUUAGUGCGUAUGUGAUGAGCGUAAAGUCUACUGCAUUCACAUUCGUUGAAUUCGUUGAAGUUGAAAUCUCCGUCAGUUUAUAUCAUAUUUGAGUACUGUAGUACAUUGACCUUUACAAGAAAUGUAUUUCGUGCCAAUUAAAGGAAAUGGACUAAUAAUAGAAAUUAUAGAUCUUUUUCAAGUUCAUUCUUAAAAGAUCUGAAAACAAAUAAUGAAAAUCAUUAAAAAAUACAAGACAAGCCUGUUCAACUAUUAACUCUCUCUCCUCUGCACAAAUCAAUUCAUUUCAUUCUUCGCGCAGACUAGAAACAUUUUAUUAAGUUAUUGGGUGGUAAAUGUAUAGGUUACUGCCCGAAUUGCCUUUUAUAGAAUAAAAUUAUACCGAUUACACUUUUAUUGCGUCAAACUUAUUGUCCGAAAGCUGCCAUAUACAAACAAGUAAAAUUUUCUUUCAGUUACUGAUGGUAUUUUAAAAAAAUGAAUAAAUAAAUUCAAAAUAAAAAGGUGAUUAUUUAAUAUGCCUUCGAUAACCUGAUCAUGGUUUAACAAAUAAAUAUUUAAAAAUAAAGUAAAUAUCUGAUUAUUUAAUGCAUUUAACUAAUUGAAAGGACUUGGUAAGUCAUUUAAUAAUCAGUUAUUUUUUGUAAUUUUUUCGUAAUUUAAUUUAUAAUAACAAUUAAUGCUCGGUAAAAUAACAUAAAGUUUAUUAAAUUUAAUGGAGACAAAACUAACUAGAAGAGGAUGAUAAAAGAAUUUUUAGAAAUGUAACUUUCCCAGACUAGAAGUGAGCAGUUGAUUCAGUAUUCAGUUAUGUCUCUUUAUUUGGUUGUACUAAAUAUGAAAAAAUAAAAAUGAAUGUUGUAAAGAAUACUAGUUUCAUUAAUUUGCUUUUGUGCAUUGAACCGCUGCUGUUUCAGAACUCUAAUCGGAGAAAUGAAAUGAGUUUGUCUUCGAUGGCAUCCAUUUGGAAAUAUGAGCUAUUCAUUCAAGAAAAGAACACCGAAAGAGAUUCUUUCGGUCUUCUUUUCUUGAAUGUUUUACAGUGCAAAGUUGGCGAAAUUUUGAAAAUAAUUUUUUAAUAAAUAAAUUCAGCGUUUCCGGGCUAGUGUUUCAUGAUCAUUGUUAUCAAAUGUCAGGCUUUUAGAGAACAUGUCCUCCUCUUUCAUCAUUAUCUAGGCAUUUUUAAAACGUAUGGAAAUAUUCAUACAUAAUUAAUUGCAUGGUCACUCAAAAAGUAAUUUUAAUUAAUAGUAAAAUGUUUCUAAGAUCAUAUUGUACGUACCUACGUACAACAUAUACUCUGGUUUAGUAAAAUGUGUGGUCUCUAACUAUUUCUUUCAUAUAAAAUAGCUUUCUUUUAUUAGCUUUCAUUGUAUUCUGUAAUUUGCAAUUUGAGAUUGGACUGUCUUGCUUAUUUCCGAAAAAUAUGCGCUACGAUUUUACAAUAUUAUGCUUAAUUUAAAAUCCUUUAAAACUACGUGAUACUGUGGCAAAACUAAUGAAGUCUGAAGUCCAAAACUAAUGAGUCCGAAGUCGUCAUUGUUGUGUUUACAGAAGCUUUUUGCUAUCAUCCAUGUAGUCUCGCAAAUACCCAUUUCUUAACGUACUGCUUUUCAGCAGAGCAAAAGAUCUUUGAUUUAUCUACCAAAUUUAAUUAAUCUGUAAUUUCUUGACAAAAUACAAGAUUUAAAAGGAUUAAAGGCACACCUUCAUAAUUCAAAUAUUUUUUAAGUAUAGUUACGAAUUUGGUACCCAGAAAUCAUUAGAAAUUUUUUUGGUAGUCGGGGGGAUUACCGUGUGCCUUCAAGACCUUUUGCAUUGCUUGUGUUUAAAGUUCUUAAUAGUUUGAAGUGGAAACUACUGUUUGAGCUCUGUCAUACUGAGAAGAGCUGUACGAGAAACGUCUGUGUGAAGAGACCCAGAACUGUAAAAUGUUUUUGGAAAAAUAAAUUUCAUCAAAAUUUU